AUGGAAAAUGCCUCCAAUUCCUCAGCGUUCCUGUCAACCUUAUCUGAAGGAGAAGACCUGAUUUUUGGAACCCUCUACUCACUCUUCGGUGUUGUGUCUCUCUGUGGCAACUCUCUCCUCCUUCUGGUAGCCUAUCGGAAGAGAGCCAUCCUGAAACCAGCUGAAUUCUUCAUUGUAAAUCUCGCCAUCAGUGAUGUGGGCAUGACUUUGAUUCUUUUCCCACUGGCCACCCCAUCCUUCUUUGCACACAGGUGGCUCUUCAACCAGGCCAUGUGCACCUUCUAUGCCUUUUGUGGAGUUCUCUUUGGCCUGUGUAGCCUCACCAGCCUGACAGCUCUGAGCACAGUGUGCUGCAUGAAGGUCUGUUAUCCGGCGUAUGGCAAUAGGUUCUCUCCUACAUAUGCUGGUGCACUGCUAGCAUGUGUCUGGGUAUAUGCACUCAUCUUUGCAUCGGCUCCUUUGGCUGACUGGGGCAGUUACGGACCAGAGCCCUACGGGACGGCUUGCUGCAUUAAGUGGAAAGCUUCCACGAGAGAAGCCAAGUUCUACAUCGUGGCCCUCUUCGUCUUCUGCUACAUCAUCCCAUGCCUCUUGAUCCUCAUCUCUUAUUCACUCAUCCUUUGGACUGUGAAAGUGUCCAGAAGAGCAGUGAAGCAGCACAUGUCACCGCGGAGCAAGACCAACCAUGUCCACAGUCUGAUUGUCAAGCUCAGUGUUUCUGUAUGCAUUGGGUUUCUGGCUGCCUGGACCCCUUAUGCCAUCGUUGCCAUGUGGGCAGCGUUUGGUGAUGCCAGCGAGGUGCCGGUCCUGGCCUUUGCCCUCUCUGCUGUGUUUGCCAAGUCCUCGGCAACCUACAAUCCUCUGGUGUAUCUGCUCUUCAAGCCCAACUUCCAGAAGUUCCUCUCCAAAGAUCUGUCCCUGUUGCAGGCCGUCUGCGCAGUCUUCUGUUGCAGCCAGCCCAGGGUCAUCACGCUCCGGUCGUUCCACACCCGGGAUGGCAGGGCUUCCAUGCGAUUCUCCACUGCUUUCACCGACCACCGUGGAUCCUGCAGGAACUGCACCGACACUUUUGAAUGUUUCAGCAAUUAUCCCCGGUGCUACAGGCUCACCCAGAAGCCUGACACAACCGCCAAGAGCAGGCCCCUGGCAAUUCUGGGGAGCGGAAGGGCUUGCCGGCCAAGCCUGAAGAGGACCGUGCAGGUCAUGGUGCUCGUAACGAGGAAGAAGACCAGCAUGGGGACUGUGAACGUGGCAGGAGACGUCCUGCCUUCAAACAUUGUGCGAGACCUUAUAUAA